AUGGUGCCAACCAGAGGAAAUAGGACCAUUCCUCCAAGUCCCAAGUUCCAGGACUCUCACACUCGGGAUAAUGAAUCACAGAAACGUUGUUCUUUUCCAUUUGUGGAGAGCAGCCGAUACGUCACCAGCAGCCGAGCGCGUCACAGUACCUCCAGAUACGUCACCGGCAGCCGAGCGUCACAGUACCUCCAGAUACGUCACCGGCAGCCGAGCGUCACAGUACCUCCAGAUACGUCACCGGCAGCCGAGCGUCACAGUACCUCCAGAUACAUCAACGGCAGCCGAGCGUCACAGUACCUCCAGAUACGUCACCGGCAGCCGAGCGUCACAGUACCUCCAGAUACGUCACCGGCAGCCGAGCGUCACAGUACCUCCAGAUACAUCACCGGCAGUCGAGCGUCACAGUACCUCCAGAUACAUCAACGGCAGCCGAGCGUCACAGUACCUCCAGAUACAUCAACGGCAGCCGAGCGUCACAUUACCUCCAGAUACAUCAACGGCAGCCGAGCGUCACAUUACCUCCAGAUACAUCAACGGCAGCCGAGCGUCACAGUACCUCCAGAUACGUCACUGGCAGCCGAGCGUUACAGUACCUCCAGAUACAUCACCGGCAGCCGAGUGUCACAGUACCUCCAGAUACAUCAACGGCAGCCGAGCGUCACAGUACCUCCAGAUACGUCACCGGCAGCCGAGCGUCACAGUACCUCCAGAUACGUCACCGGCAGCCGAGCGUCACAGUACCUCCAGAUACAUCAACGGCAGCCGAGCGUCACAGUACCUCCAGAUACAUCAACGGCAGCUGAGCGUCACAGUACCUCCAGAUACGACAUUAGCAGCCGAGCGUCACAGUACCUUCAGAUACGUCACCAGCAGCCGAGCGCGUCACAGUACCUCCAGAUACGUCACCGGCAGCCGAGCGUCACAGUACUUCCAGAUACAUCAACGGCAGCCGAGCGCGUCACAGUACCUCCAGAUACGUCACCGGCAGCCGAGCGUCACAGUACCUCAAGAUACAUCAACGGCAGCCGAGCGUCACAGUACCUCCAGAUACAUCAACGGCAGCCGAGCGUCACAGUACCUCCAGAUACAUCAACGGCAGCCGAGCGUCACAGUACCUCCAGAUACAUCAAUGGCAGCCAAGCGUCACAGUACCUCCAGAUACGUCAUCGGCAGCCGAGUGUCACAGUACCUCCAGAUACGUCACCAGCAGCCGAGCGUGUCAUAGUACCUCCAGAUACGACAUUAGCAGCCGAGCGUCACAGUACCUCCAGAUACGUCACCAGCAGCCGAACGCGUCACAGUACCUCCAGAUACGUCACCGGCAGCCGAGCGUCACAGUACCUCCAGAUACGUCACUGGCAGCCGAGCGUCACAGUACCUCGAGAUACAUCAACGGCAGCCGAGCGCGUCACAGUACCUCCAGAUACGUCACCGGCAGCCGAGCGUCACAGUACCUCCAGAUACGUCACCGGCAGCCGAGCGUCACAGUACCUCCAGAUACGUCACCAGCAGCCGAGCGUCACAGUACCUUCAGAUACGUCACCGGCAGCCGAGCGUCACAGUACCUCCAGAUACGUCACCGGCAGCCGAGCGUCACAGUACCUCCAGAUACAUCAACGGCAGCCGAGCGUCACAGUACCUCCAGAUACGUCACUGGCAGCCGAGCGUCACAGUACCUCCAAAUACAUCAACGGCAGCCGAGCAUCACAGUACCUCCAGAUACAUCAACGGCAGCCGAGCGUCACAGUACCUCCAGAUACGACAUCGGCAGCCGAGCGUCACAGUACCUCCAGAUACUUCACCGACAGCCGAGCGUCACAGUACCUCCAGAUACGUCACCGGCAGCUGAGCGUCACAGUACCUCCAGAUACAUCAACGGCAGCCGAGCGUCACAGUACCUCCAGAUACAUCAACGGCAGCCGAGCGUCACAGUACCUCGAGAUACAUCAACGGCAGUCGAGCGUCACAGUACCUCCAGAUACGACAUCGGCAGCCGAGCGUCACAGUACCUCCAGAUACAUCAACGGCAGCCGAGCAUCACAGUACCUCCAGAUACGUCACCGGCAGCGGAGCGUCACAGUACCUCCAGAUACGUCACCGGCAGCCGAGCAUCACAGUACCUCCAGAUACAUCAACGGCAGCUGA